AUGUUGAUACCUUUAGUAGAAGGCAGAAUUAUGUUGAUACCUUUAGUAGAAGGCAGAAUUAUGUUGAUACCUUUAGUAGAAGGUAGAAUUAUGUUGAUACCUUUAGUAGAAGGUAGAAUUAUGUUGAUACCUCUAGUAGAAGGCAGAAUUAUGUUAAUACCUCUAGUAGAAGGCAGAAUUAUCUUGGUGCAUCUAGAAAAAGGCAGAAUUAUGUUGAUGCCUCUAGUAGAAGGCAGAAUUAUGUUGAUGCCUCUAGUAGAAGGCAGAAUUAUGUUGGUGCCUCUAGAAGAGGGUAGAAUUAUGUUGGUGCCUCUAGAAAAAGGCAGAAUUAUGUUGAUGCCUCUAGAAAAAGGCAGAAUUAUGUUGAUGCUUCUAGUAGAAGGCAGAAUUAUGUUGAUGCCUCUAGUAGAAGGCAGAAUUAUGUUGAUGCCUCUAGUAGAAGGCAGAAUUAUGUUGAUGCCUCUAAUAGAAGGCAGAAUUAUGUUGAUAUUUCUAAUUAAAG